AUGACCCCACUCGAGAUCAUCGGCCUCGUCAGUGCCAUCAUCACGUUCGUCGACUUCGCGGCCGAGAAUGUUACGGUGGCACGGGAGAUUGGGCGGACCGGGUCCGCGACGUUCAAAGACAAUGCUGAUCUGGAGCGUCGGGUUAAGCUUAUCGAGGAGCACGUCGCGGGACUCACUCCGAAGGGUAUUGGUGCGCCAAGGGAUACAAAUGAGGCCCAGCUGCUGGAUCUUGUUGAGGAGUACAAGAGCCACACAGUUCAGCUGAUGACCCUCCUGGCUGGGCUCAAGUCAACCAAAAAGCGCCACAUUCUAUCCAAGAUGGUCAAGGACUUUCGGAAGAAGAAUGAAAAGGAGACACUCCAGAAGGAGUUGGAUGAUUGCAGAUCCAGGAUCCAUUUGCAACUCACUCAAAUAACGAGAGCGGAAUUGAGUCGCCGCCUCGAUGAAAUUUCGGCCCAAGGACACAUCAACGCGACUGAAAUGCAGCAUUUGGGCAAAAAUAUCGAGGGGCUGCAGUCCAACAUCGAGCUAUGGAAACAUGUUCCGGGUUUGGUGGAAAGUGUCCACGAUAUCCUGUCCCGCUCGAAGGAGGCUGUCGAAAGCACUGCCCAGCGCUUGAUUUUGGAGAAGCUGUAUGUCGGUGACAUGACGAGGAGGUUCGAUGAGAUUGAACGCGCCCACGAAAAGACAUUCUCCUGGCUUUUGGGCUCGUGCACACCGUCCACAAGCGAUUUCGAUUCGAGCGAUGGGUCCGAGUCCAGCCACAGCGAUGGCUCAGGCCAUGUGUCUCGAGGAGAGAAUGAGUCGCCGAACGAAGGCAGCCAGAACUCCGAUCAAUUUGAGGUACCGGGCGCUGGUACAUCAUCAGACGACUCUUCCUACGAGGAUUCCGAUUAUCAGUCACAAAUAUCCUUAGAAAGAACUGCUCGAGAGCUUCAAGCACAACAAGAUCUGAUAGACUGGUUAGGUCGUGGAGGAGGCAUCUUCCAUAUCUCUGGCAAACCUGGUGCAGGAAAAUCGACACUUAUGAAGUACCUCUGCCAAAGUACAGCUACGGAAUCCUAUCUCAAAGACUGGGCUGGAGAAAAGACGCUGAUUUUGGCAAACUUUUUCUUCUGGAAGCUUGGGUCCACAGCUCAAAAGUCAUUAGAUGGACUACUUCGGGCGCUUUCAUACUCUAUUCUGGAGCAAGCCCCCGCCCUGCUCGAGACCGUGUUUCCAAAGCAGUGGAGUAAAGCUUCUCAAGGUAAAGCAUUUUCAAUCCAGAGCUCCGAGAUUGAGUCUGCCUUCUCUCAUCUUUUGCAACACACGGCGUUCUUUUCCACACACAAGAUUGCAAUCUUCAUCGACGGCCUAGAUGAAUUUGAUGGAGACCACGACAAAAUGAUGAAGAUGCUUCGCAAUUGGUCUAAGAGUGUCCCAGAAGAUAUAAAACUGUGCGUUUCAAGCCGUGAAUGGGAGGUCUUUCGACAGAGGCUAGUCAACUGCCCUGGAAUUCGCCUGCAAGACAUUACGAGCCGAGAUAUCGAAGCGUACAUCAACAGUGAAUUAUCCGACAAUGAAGACUUCAGAUCAUAUUCUUCGGAGAACCCAGGAGUUGAGCAUCUCGUAGAUCAGAUCAAGAACAAAGCCGAAGGCGUGUUUCUCUGGGUAAAGAUUACAUUGAGAGGUCUUAAGUGGGAUCUUCUUUCCGGUGAGCGACUGGAGGAUCUCGAAGCAAGACUCAAAUCAUUGCCUAAUGAGGGCGAUGCGAAUACUUCUCCUUGCAGCGAAGAAAUCCCGUAA